CCGACACUGGGGCUACGACUCGACGACUCCAGUAUUACAUAAGUGCCUAAGUACUGGUGUACAUGCGCAGGGGGUUCAGUUGAGCUAGUCCCUGGCAUUGGAGUCUCCAUUGAAAAUCCAUUUUAUUUUCUAAUGCUGGUAACUGAAAAUGAACUUGGUGACCAACCUUCGCAACUUCUUCUCAUGGCCGGAUCGAUCAGACCUAAUCAACGAACAAAUAUUCAUCCAGCAAAGACGCGACAGAUUACGCAUUUUAGAAAUACGCCCGAGCGAACCCUGCGACGAGGCUGGGAGGUAUAGGCAGGGAGCGAAGAGAACAACGAAGGGGAAAAGAAAAAAAACGGGACAAUGGGGCCCUCGAGAUCUGUCUCGCUGUCUAAGAAGACAGGAAAUAAACUUCACCGGCAGUCGCUGUACGUCAAGCAGAAGCAAGAACGAGAGAAGGAAAAGCGCGAGGCCCGCUUUCGAAGGAAAAAGGAAGAGGACAGAGAUCCCGAGCUUCGGAGAGCGCGUGUUGCCCAAAACCAACCGGCGACCAUCGACCGGAAGCGAGUUUGGGAUGACGUCGACGAUGAUAGCCUAAGCGCAAGCGUCGAUAUGGAACAGCUGCUCAAGAGGAGGCGUCUGCGGCAAGAGGAGGCCGAAGAAAGGCUAGCCGCCGAGGAAGCGGAAGACGGCGAUUCCGGAGAGGAGGACGAGGAAGACAGCAUGUUGGGUUCAGGCGACGAAGGGGAGCCCCCGUCCGACGAGGAAGCUGCAGCAAAGGCUCGCGCGAAGCGAGUGAUUCGAGACGACAGCCUCGCGCCAUCGACAGUUUCGACGAAUCUCGACCUCACGCCGGAAUCGUUGGUCGCUAAGUUCCCCUCACUCUUCUCGGACGACGGGCCGGCGGUGCCUCGCGUUCUGAUUACGACUACGCUGAAUUCAACACUGCACGACGAAGCAAGGUUGCUCUGCACCCUAUUUCCGAAUAGCAUGUACAUACCGCGGUCAGCACACAAGUACAGUCAUAAAUACAGCCUGAGAGAGAUCUGCAAAUUCGCGACGAACCGAGGCUUCGGUUCUGUCAUGACCCUCAGGGAAGAUCAGAAGAAGCCAAUCGGCCUCGAUAUCGUGCAUCUGCCGUCGGGGCCGACUUUUCAUUUCAGCAUCUCGAAUUGGGUCGAGGGGAAGAAGCUACCAGGCCACGGCAACCCGACGAAUCACUACCCGGAGCUCCUGCUCAACAACUUCAGGACGCCGCUCGGCAUCCUGACCGCAAGGCUCUUUCAGACACUCUGGCCGAAGGCGCCCGAGCUACAAGGUCGCCAAGUCGUCACCUUGCACAACCAACGCGACUACAUUUUUCUCCGUCGGCACAGGUAUGUGUUCCGAGACAAGCGGGCGACAGAGAAGAGCGUGGUGGGCGCCGACGGAAAAGAGUUGAAAGGGGUGGAAAGCAUCCGCGCCGGCCUGCAAGAGCUGGGCCCUCGGGCGACGCUCAAGCUCCGACGCAUCGACAAGGGAAUCGGCCGAGCCGGAAGCGAGGGAGACGAUGCGGUGCAGUGGGAGUGGAAGGCUAGGAUGGAGAAGCAGCGGACGAGAUUCAACCUAUAAGCCUACCUGUGACCGGAGUUGCAAGACCCGGUGUAAUAGCGUUCUGUUCACGUGCGCAUGUGUGUACCUACGGUGCGUUGUGUACAGUACAGGGAGGUACCUCCUAAGGACAGGUGGGUUAGGAGGUAGGUACCUAUGUGCCAUGGAGAUCUACAUUAUAUUAGGAGGUACCUACCAGAGGUAACAUUGCUUGUUGGAGGUAGCUACCUGCCUAGGCAGGUACCUAACCUACCUUACCUUACUACGUACAUUUGGCGGGAGGGUGCAUUACAUUAGGUAGGUACGCAUCGUGCAGGCAUCGCGGCAAGCCGCCCCCUUGGCGUGUCUGCACCUGUGGCUUAGUUAUACGUACUUCCAAUAUCCGUCUCAUCCAUCGCAAGCCGUGC